GAGAGAGAGAGAUGCGUGUUGCCCUUGGAAGCCGCAAGUCCCCCCGGGCGGCCAGCCCCGUUAGCGGGAAGGCGAUGGCAACAGCAGCAGCAGUUGCAUCAGCGCUAACUACUGCCGCCGGCCGCCGGGAGGGUACAGUAACGACCGCAGGGAGCGUGCAGCUGCUGCGGCGGCAGGUUCCCUGGAUCAGGAAAUUAGGGCAGGCACCGGGGAUUGGAGGCGAGGGCGGCGCGCGAGCCAACCAGCGGCCGCCCCGGGCCCCCGUGAGCCCCGGGCGGACGCGCGGAGCCGCCGGGCCCCAGGAGCAGUCCCGGUGGCGGCGGCGGCGGCGGCGGCCACGGCCACGGCCACUCACGCACGCACACGCUCGCACUCAGACUCGCACACCCCCUGCGCAGGCACCUGGCUGCCCGGAGCUUAUAAAAGCGGCGCGUCUAGGGGAAAGGAGCGCUGGAGCCGCCGCUCCCCACCCCCUCACACCCCCCUCACCCCUCGCUGACCACUCCCCCUCCUGCCCCCUCCUCGCAGCUCACCCCGCGCUCCGGAGGCAGCCGCCAGUGUGGGUGCUCCGCGGCCGGCUCCGCUCUCCUCUGCCUUGCUCCUCUGCUCUCGGCUCCCCACCCCACCCCCUCCUUCCCCUCCCCUCCUGUACCCUCCCCUCCUCUGCAGCGCCUGCAUUAUCUUCUGCCCGCCGGCUCGGCUUGCACUGGUGCUGCAGCCCGGGGAGGGCUGGUAACUUGUUGUGCGGAGCGAGCGGCGGCACCAUCCAGGCGGGCACCAUGGGCACGUCCGCGCGCUGGGCGCUCUGGCUGCUGCUCGCGCUGUGCUGGGCGCCCCGGGAGAGCCGCGCCACCGGAGCGGGAAGAAAAGCCAAAUGUGAACCAUCCCAAUUCCAGUGCACAAAUGGCCGCUGUAUCACGUUGUUGUGGAAAUGUGAUGGGGACGAAGACUGUGCUGACGGCAGCGAUGAAAAGAACUGUGUGAAGAAGACAUGUGCCGAGUCGGACUUUGUUUGCAACAAUGGCCAAUGUGUCCCCAGCCGGUGGCAGUGUGACGGAGAUCCCGAUUGUGAAGACGGCUCUGACGAAAGCCCCGAACAGUGCCAUAUGAGAACAUGCCGCAUUAAUGAAAUCAGCUGUGGCGCCCGCUCCACUCAGUGUAUCCCCGUGUCCUGGAGAUGUGAUGGUGAACACGAUUGUGACAGUGGAGAAGAUGAAGAGAACUGUGGCAACAUCACGUGUGGCCCCGAUGAGUUCACGUGCUCCAGCGGCCGCUGCAUCUCCAGGAAUUUCGUGUGCAACGGCCAGGACGACUGCAGCGACGGCAGCGACGAGCUGGACUGCGCGCCCCCGACGUGCGGCGCCCACGAGUUCCAGUGCAGCACGUCCUCGUGCAUCCCCCUCAGCUGGGUGUGUGACGACGACGCCGACUGCUCCGACCAGUCCGACGAGUCCCUGGAGCAGUGCGGCCGCCAGCCGCGGAUGCACACCAAGUGCCCCGCCAGCGAGACCCAGUGCGGCUCGGGCGAGUGCAUCCACAAGAAGUGGCGGUGUGACGGGGACCCCGACUGCAAAGACGGCAGCGACGAGGUCAACUGUCCUUCGCGAACCUGCCGCCCUGACCAGUUUGAGUGUGAGGACGGAAGCUGCAUCCACGGCAGCAGGCAGUGCAAUGGUAUCCGAGACUGCGUGGACGGCUCUGAUGAGGUCAACUGCAAAAACGUCAAUCAGUGCUUGGGCCCUGGCAAGUUCAAGUGCAGAAGCGGGGAAUGCAUAGAUAUCGGUAAAGUAUGUAACCAGGAGCAGGACUGCAGGGACUGGAGCGACGAGCCCCUCAAAGAAUGUCAUGUCAACGAAUGCCUGGUUAAUAACGGUGGCUGUUCUCACAUCUGCAAGGACCUUGUUAUAGGGUACGCGUGUGACUGUGCAGCUGGGUUUGAACUGAUAGAUAAGAAAAUCUGUGGAGACAUUGACGAAUGCCAAAACCCGGGAAUCUGCAGCCAAAUUUGUAUCAACCUAAAAGGCGGUUACAAGUGUGAAUGUAGUCGAGGAUAUCAGAUGGAUCUUGCCACUGGCGUGUGCAAGGCAGUAGGCAAAGAACCAAGUCUGAUCUUCACUAAUCGAAGAGACAUCCGCAAGAUUGGCUUGGAGAGGAAAGAAUACAUCCAACUAGUUGAACAGCUAAGAAACACAGUGGCUCUGGAUGUGGAUAUCGCUGCUCAGAAGCUGUUCUGGGCUGAUCUAAGCCAAAAGGCCAUCUUCAGUGCCUCAAUUGAUGACAAGGUUGGUAGACAUGUUAAAAUGAUCGACAAUGUCUAUAAUCCUGCAGCCAUUGCUGUUGAUUGGGUGUACAAGACCAUCUACUGGACGGAUGCGGCUUCUAAGACUAUUUCAGUAGCUACCCUAGAUGGAGCCAAGAGGAAGUUCCUGUUUAACUCUGACUUGCGGGAGCCUGCCUCCAUAGCUGUGGACCCACUGUCUGGCUUUGUUUACUGGUCAGACUGGGGAGAACCCGCUAAAAUAGAAAAAGCGGGCAUGAAUGGAUUUGAUAGACGGCCUCUGGUGACAGUGGACAUCCAAUGGCCUAAUGGAAUUACCCUUGACCUUAUAAAGAGCCGUCUCUAUUGGCUCGACUCCAAGCUGCACAUGUUGUCCAGCGUGGACUUGAACGGCCAAGAUCGUAGGAUUGUCCUCAAGUCUCUGGAGUUCCUAGCUCAUCCUCUCGCACUAACCAUAUUUGAGGAUCGUGUCUACUGGAUCGAUGGGGAAAAUGAAGCAGUCUAUGGGGCCAAUAAAUUCACUGGAUCAGAGCUGGCCACUCUCGUUAACAACCUUAAUGAUGCCCAAGACAUCAUUGUCUAUCACGAACUUGUACAGCCAUCAGGUAAAAAUUGGUGUGAAGAAGACACGGAGAAUGGAGGAUGUGAAUACUUGUGCCUGCCAGCACCACAAAUUAACGAUCACUCUCCAAAGUAUACCUGUUCCUGUCCCAAUGGGUACAAUCUGGAGGAAAACGGCCGGGAGUGCCACAGUACUGCAACUACUGUGACUUACAGAGAGACAAAGGGUUUCAACACAAUAGAAAGUUCGCCAACUAGUGGACUAGCUCCUGGAGGGAUCAAUGUGACCACAGCGGUAACGGAGGUCACUGUUCCUCCGAAAGGCACUUCUGCUGCCUGGGCCAUCCUUCCUCUCUUGCUCUUGGCAAUGGCAGCGGUGGGUGGCUAUUUGAUGUGGCGGAAUUGGCAGCACAAGAACAUGAAAAGCAUGAACUUUGACAAUCCUGUGUACUUGAAGACUACCGAAGAGGACUUGUCAAUAGACAUUGGCAGACACAGUGCUUCUGUUGGACACACGUACCCAGCAAUAUCAGUUGUAAGCACAGAUGAUGAUCUAGCUUGACUUCUGAGACGAGUCUUGACCUUUGAGGUCUAGACCAAUACCCUCCCCCCACUUCGGAAUGGUAACCGAGCCAACGCCUGAAGUCUUUCUUCCUCCAGUCUGGAAGAACAUCAAGAUAUCUUUACAUGGAUCAAGCUUGUCUACUUGACCGUUUUUAUAUGACUUUUGUAAAUAUCCCUGCCCACAUUCUACUUCAGCUUUGGAUGUGGUUACCAAGUAUCUAACCCUUGAACUUCUAGACAGUAUUGCCACAUCUGGCCAAAUAUGCACUUUCCCUAGAAAGCCAUAUUCCAGCAAUGACACUUGUGCUAUAGUGUAGACCACCUGUACAUACAUUGUAUAGGCCAUCUGUAAAUAUCCCAGAAAACAAUCACUAUUCUUAAGCACUUUGAAAAUAUUUCUAUGUAAAUUAUUGUAAACUUUUUCAACGGUUGGGACAAUGGCAAUAGGAUAAAACGGGUUACUAAGAUGAAAUUGCCAAAAAAUUUGUAAACUAAUUUUGUACGUAUGAAUGAAACCUUGGACCUCAGUGGAGGCUUGCAAAGACUGAGUGUUCAAACUACUGUACAUUUGUUUUUCAAGUGCUAAAACAAUUAAACCAAGCAGCUUACCCACA